GCUUUAUUCUAUUUUGAGUAAUAAAUAUGGUGAAUUAUUGUUGUAUACAAAGUUGCAAUCGCAAUAGUAGAGCAAAUAAACAUUUAAAUUUUUAUAGCUUGCCGAAAGAAAAAUAUCGCCAAAAACAAUGGCUUAAACUUGCUGGCAGAGAAGAUUUAUUAGAUCAAGACUUGGAUAGACUUCGGAAGUCACUUAGAUUUUGCUCUCGACACUUUCAACCAAGUUGCAUCAAGAACAGAUUUUUAACGAACAAUGCAGUGCCUAGUAAAAGCCUUCCAGGUUCGAUGAGCGAAGAUGAAAUAGACUCAGAGCCAGAGAAGCAUGAGGGUGUUGUAUGCGACAGUUGCUCCGAGUCCAUUUGUGGGUUCCGCUAUAAAUGUGUGACAUGUGAUAACUAUGAUCUGUGUCAGAAGUGUGAAAUGCUUGGUUCUCACCCCCAGCACUAUAUGUUGAGGAUACCCAAGUCAAUUAAGUUUCAAGUGGCUGACAAUUUACUGACCAAAUGGCGAGAGUUUUUCAAAGCUGAACAUGUAACACCAGACUCGAAUACACAUGAAAUAUCAAGUGACGAUGAACCAGUUACAAAAUACAUUAGAAUAAGAAACUAUGACAGUGGUAUUGAUUUAUCAGAGGAUGUCAAGAGGGAUAUAAGAUGUGAAAUAGAUCGGGCGCUUAAGUCAGUUGAAGAAAAGAAAAGAAGAAUAACCACUCAAGAAGUAACUCCCAGAAAAAAAAUUAAACUGGAUGGUGAAAAAACAAUUGAUAUAGAAAAGGCGGAAUCAAAUACACCUGAGUUAGCUUUUGCUGAUGUCAAUGAAUAUAAUCAGAAUGAUGUCAAGACGGAAGAGACCCCAUCUGUUGCUAUAGAAACUCAGGAUCAAAUGCAACCUUUAUAUUACAUGAAGCUGAGUGGAGAUUUAUCAGAGUUAAUGAUGGAAUUAACACAGAGUAAAGAUGUAUAAGACAUUACAUUUAUAAAUUGCUUUAAAUUUUAUAUCAUGUAAAAAGAAAUGAACUUACUGAAUUAUAUACCUGUACUCAAAA